UAAACAUUCAGCCGGUGGUCACACUCUCAGCCGUCAACAACAUAACGCGUUAUUUUCUAGCGAAUCGGCCGAUUUAUAUCCUCGAUAAGUAAUGUGCUGAAAAGAACAAAACUACCAAAGACCCACUUGUCAUAGAUGCGUACGAGAUCGUUAACCAAACAACAAUCACGUUCGCAAUCAACCAGAAAGACACUCAAAAUCGAACCGAAAUCAUCCCGAGCUCGGCGAGCGGUUAGAGUUGUGUAACACGGACGGACGGGCCAAAAAAAAAAGAAGAAACGUGAACUAGAACUCUGUGUCUCCUCCGCUGGUUUUGUUGAGUUUUUGGCUAGCAGGUGAAGCAGUAGCAUGGCGCUUGAGACGGAGGCAAAGAAUUCAAAUGCAACGGCCACGGGCGAUGCAACAGCAACAAAGGCAAGCGGCAAGGCCAAGGAGAACAACAACACGGCCGGCGGCAAAAAGAAUCUGAAUCCAAAUCAGCAGAACUCGAAUCAGAACUUGGUCAAUGGCAAUGGCACGGCUGCCGACGGGCCGGCUGGGAAGAAGAAAGGCAAGAAGAACCGCAACAAAAGCCCGCCCGAACCAACAACCGAAGCCGUGCUGAGCAACGGACACGCCGAGAAGUCCACAGCGGAGGAUGCAGCUGAGGACAAUCCCGAUGCCGAUGCCAAUGCCAAUGUGGAGAAGCUGGAAGACGGAGGAGCACCGGAUGCCGAGGCGGAUGGCGAGGACAUUGAUCUGGACGCCCUGCAGGACGUUGGCAUCACGGUGAACAUCAGCAGUCCCGGCGCGGACCUGCUGUGCGUGCAGCUGUCUAGCAUGGAGCUGGUGCAGGAGAUCCAUCAGCUGCUGAUGGACCGCGAGGAGACGUGCCAUCGCACAUGCUUCUCGCUGCAGCUGGACAACGCGACGCUUGACAAUUUCGCCGAACUGAAGGCAAUCAGUAACCUGGAGCAGGGCUCGACCAUCAAGGUGGUAGAAGAGCCUUACACCAUGCGAGAGGCCCGUAUUCAUGUGCGCCAUGUCCGUGAUCUUCUCAAAAACCUUGAUCCGGCCGAUGCGUACAAUGGCAUUGACUGUACGUCGCUGACUUACUUAAACACGAUCACCCAGGGUGACUUGUUGGACAAGAAGAAAACGCGACCGGAUUCUGUGGACUGCACGCCGCCGGAGUAUGUGACUCCCGGUGUAAGUGAGCCGCCACUUCUGCCAUUGCAUCCGAAUGUGAAGAACGCUAAGGGACCACAGGCCCUCAAGGUACUGACUACAUCCGCCUGGAACCCGCCACCCGGUCCCCGCAAGCUGCACGGUGACCUCAUGUAUCUGUACGUUGUCACCAUGGAGGAGAAACGAUUCCACAUCUCAGCCUGCUCCAAGGGCUUCUACAUCAACCAGUCGACAGACGACACCUUUAAUCCCAAGCCCGACAAUCCCAGUCACCUCAGCCACUCGCUGAUCGAUCUGCUUUCCCACAUAUCACCAUCGUUCCGACGUGCCUUCCAGACCAUCCAGAAGCGACGCACCAUGCGUCAUGCCUUCGAACGGGUAGCCACGCCAUACCAGGUGUACCAGUGGGCAUCUCCCACCCUGGAGCACACAGUGGACGCCAUUCGGGCCGAGGAUGCAUUCAGCUCAAAAUUAGGCUACGAAGAGCACAUCCCCGGACAGACACGCGACUGGAACGAGGAGCUGCAGACGACGAGGGAACUGCCGCGUAAGACACUACCGGAGCGCUUGCUGCGCGAGCGCGCCAUCUUCAAGGUGCACGGAGACUUUGUGACCGCCGCCACGAGGGGCGCCAUGGCCGUUAUCGACGGCAAUGUGCUGGCCAUUAAUCCCGGCGAGGAUCCCAAAAUGCAGAUGUUCAUUUGGAACAAUAUCUUCUUUUCGUUGGGCUUCGACGUAAGAGACCAUUACAAGGAACUGGGCGGCGACGCAGCUGCCUUUGUUGCCCCACGAUACGAUCUGCACGGCGUGCGUGUCUAUAACGCCGUUGAUGUUGAAGGAUUAUACACCCUGGGAACCGUGGUAAUUGAUUAUCGCGGCUACCGCGUUACCGCCCAAUCAAUUAUCCCCGGAAUUCUAGAGCGAGAGCAAGAACAAAGCGUGGUCUACGGCUCCAUUGACUUUGGCAAGACGGUGCUCAGCCAUCCCAAGUACUUGGAGCUUCUUAGACAAGCCGGAAAGCAUCUGAAGAUCUUGCCACACGCCGUGCUUAAUGAGCGGGAUGAACCCGUGGAGCUGUGCUCCUCGGUGGAGUGCAAGGGCAUUAUUGGUAAUGAUGGCCGCCACUACAUCCUCGAUUUGUUGCGCACCUUCCCGCCAGACGUGAACUUCCUAAAGCUUCAGGACGUGCAUCUGAGCAAGGAAUUGGUUGAUAUGGGCUUCCCUAUCGAGCACCGGCACAAGCUGUGCUGCCUGCGCCAAGAGCUGCUGGAAGCGUUUAUCGAGGAUCGUCAUGUCAGCUUUAUCCGAAUUGCCGCUGUGCACCUGCAGCAGCUUAAUGCCAAGAAGCAGUCUGAAAAAACGGAGGGCAAACCUGUUCCAGCUUUAGAAGGAGCAGAGGCAGCAAGUAAAGUAAACGGAGCUGAUAAAACCGUCGUUAAGGAGGAGAAGAACGAAGAGAACGAGGAGAAGGCGCAGUCCACGGCCGGCGAAUCAAAGACCGCCGAGGCCAUGGUUAAUGCCAUUCGGGAGGCACAGUCCAAUGUAGCUACAUCGAACGAGGUGCAAGCUGCCGAGGUAGUUAAACGGGCCUGCGCCGCCGUUGGCUCGCUGAAGGAGAAAGAGUUUGACUUCCGCUUCAACCCCGAUGUGUUCUCGCCCGGCAUCCGUCACGUGGAUGGCGAGGAGGGCACCUGCAGCUCGCUGGCCAAACAGAAGGUGCUCGUACAGGAAGCAGCCGAGUUCCUCGUCCUUAAGCAGAUACCCGCCUUCAUCAAGGAACAUAUGACUCAUUCUUCGCCACCAAUCGAUGGCCAGAGUCUAACCGAAUCCUUGCACAGUCACGGCAUCAACGUGCGUUACUUGGGCAAGGUUAUCAAAAUCUUAGGACAAAUGCCUCGCAUGGAUUACCUGCACAGGAUCGCUGUCCUCGAGCUGAUCGUACGGGCCACCAAGCACAUCUACUAUACGUACAUGCAGAAUACAGAGCCGCUGCACCUCUCAGCUGCCAUCAGCCACUUCCUCAACUGUCUGCUGACCAACGGACCCGUCAAUCCGGCCGUGAGCAGCGAGGAGGCGCAUAAGAAACGCGGGAACGGCGGAAAGCACAACAAGCACAAGACCUCCAAGGGCGGAAAGGGUCAGCAGCAACAGCAGUCGACUGGCAAUCAAAACGGCAGCUCGUCUGGCACCUCCAAUGGCUCAUCCGUCUCGGAUUGGACCCUGGUGACGCCCCGAUCCCUGUGGCAGCAAAUUCGUAAGGAGGCCAAGGUCUACUGGGACUGGGAAUUGGACUGCGACUCGAUUGAGACGGCGGUAUCCAAGUACGGCAUCCUGCGUAUCAGUUUGCUGCGCGCCUUCUGUCUGAAGGUUGGCAUUCAGGUGCUGCUGCGAGAGUACAACUUCGAGUCCAAGCACAAGCCAACCUUUGGCGACGACGACGUCGUCAAUGUGUUCCCAGUUGUGAAGCACAUUAGUCCCCGGGCCACCGACGCCUAUAACUUCUACACCACGGGUCAGGCGAAGAUCCAACAGGGUAUGUUUAAGGAGGGCUAUGAGCUAAUCAGCGGAGCACUCAACCUGCUGAACAACGUCUUUGGGGCAUUGCACCAGGAAAACGGAUCCUGCUUGCGCAUGCUAGCCAGGCUCAGCUACCUCUUGGGUGAUGCCCAAGAUGCUCUAGCGAUCCAACAGCGAGCAGUGAUCAUGAGCGAGCGGGUGAACGGCAUGGACCAUCCCUCGACCAUUUUGGAAUACACACACCUAUCACUCUAUUCGUUCGCUAACGGACAUGUGGGAAUGUCCCUUAAGCUGCUGUACAGAGCUCGCUAUCUGAUGGUGCUCAUCUGUGGCGAAGAUCAUCCGGAAGUGGCACUGAUCGAUAGCAACAUCAGUUUGAUUUUGCAUGCACUGGGCGAAUACGAGUUGUCCCUGCGGUUUAUUGAGCAUGCCCUCAAGCUGAAUCUGAAAUACUUUGGCGACAAGGCUAUGCCUGUGGCACUCAGCUAUCACCUGAUGGCCCGCACACAGUCCUGCAUGGGCGACUUCCGGUCAGCGUUGAACAACGAGAAGGAAACAUACUCUUUCUACAAGUCUCAGUUGGGCGAGAACCACGAGAAGACCAGGGAUUCUGCCGAGUGCCUGCGCCUACUGACCCAGCAAGCUGUGCUGCUGCAGCGCAAGAUGAACGAUAUCUAUUCCAGUGGCAAACUGACCAGUGACCUGCCACCCAUCCACAUCACACCACCGUCGAUGGGCUCGGUCCUGGACAUGUUGAACACCAUCAAUGGCAUUCUGUUCGUAAAGAUAAGCCGAAAAGACAUUGUGAAGGUGCGCAGUGAAAUCGAAAAGCAUUUCAAGGCCGAUAGCCCCGAGAACGAGGUAAAUGAUGCUAUUAACUCCAUUGUGGCUGCUGCUAACAACAAUGGUGAGCCCGAGGAUGCGGACCCUAAGGAUGUUAAGGAGCAGGCAGAAGCAGGCACGCAGCUAACAAAUGGCGAAAAGGCGGCGGCAGCCACUGAGGCGACUUCAAGUUGAACACUCCAGGAGGGCGAUGUUUAACAAUCGAAAGUCCCAACAAGUCACAAAAUUUGUCGCCUGUUCAUUGCAUUGCCGUAUCGUUAAUCGUAUUUUGGGACUGAGCAAAAUUAAUGCAUUCAUGUUUUGAACUACUACAGCAAUGACCUACCACCAACUGCAACAUCAAAAAGUACCAACAUCGUAAUAAAACAUAAUUGUAUAUGUUUUUCUUAAAGGCUGCUCUUGUACUGCUCACACACAUCGCAUCGCGUCGUAUUUAAGAAUACGCAUAGAACGUCCUAUUACCAUUUAUGGAAUAGGUCAAUAAAAUACUUUUAGACUUAGUCAAGCAAACUA